AUGCACAACGUCUCAUCCAUGAGAAUAUUAAAGAGAUCAUAAACAUUCCAAACGGUUGGUUAUUGCACUCAGUAUUGGCUGCAGUCAUCAUAAUGCAAGAGUAACAAGAUUUAAUCAGUCAACACAUAAGUUCUACUAGUCAUCAGAUACCCUGCUGGUAUAGUGAACUGGCCAAAGGAGGACAUCCAGGCUGCUGAUGCGAAGACCUGGAAACCCCUCAAAAUGCGCAGAGCCUUCCACCCAAAGUCCAUCACCCAGAGACUGUACACCAGCUGGAAAGAGGGUGGAUGGGGCCUGACAGACAGAUGGACUCAACCAAUCCUUGAGCACAGGCCAUGAAAAGGGGCUGGUCCAUAAUGGGACACAGUGUCAAGUUUUCUGGGAAAAGGACAAACAUUCACCAUGCAGUCCUGUGCAAGAUGUGGGUUUGUGGUCUACCCAGCUGAGAAGAUCAACUGUAUUGACCAGAACUGGCACAAAUCAUGUUUUCACUGUGAAGUCUGCAAGAUGGUCCUCACAGCCAAUAACUUCGUCAGCCACAAAAAGAGGCCAUACUGCUCUGUACAUAACCCAAGGAACAACACAUUCACAAGUGUCUAUGAAAUCCCUAUCAACAUCAAGGCAAAGAAGCAAAGCAAGGUGAGCAGUGAGCUGAAGUAUCGUGAAGAUGGCGAGCGCUUUAUGUCCACCUUCCACUUAGACAUGAAGUCCAUGGAGCUGGAGAAGGCUCGUCUAGCCAAUCAGAUGGCCAGCCAGGCCUUUCAGUCUCAGUCGCAGUUCUCACAGCAGCAGACAUGGUAUUCAGGGAUGAUGACCAACCAGGAAAUAGUAACAAGGUCUCAGGUAGAGAAGACUGCCAGUGAUGUGAAUCACACAGAAGAAUUUGAGCAGUCGAAAGGAAAAGGCAGCUUCCCUGCCAUGAUCACCCCAGCUUAUCAAGCUGCGAAGAAAGCCAGUACUUUGGCCAGUAAUCUGGAAUAUAAAAAAGGACACGAGGAAAGAGUUUCAAAGUACACCGCAUUUGUUGACCCCCCAGAAGUGAUUCUGGCUAAGAAACAAGGACAAAUUGUUAGCGAUUAUGCCUAUACAGAAGAGUAUGAGCAGCAGAGAGGUAAAGGAAGUUUCCCUGCACACCUUACACCUGGAUACAAAGUGUCAAAGAAGGCCACAGAGCAGGCCAGUGAUAUAAAGUAUCGUCAGAUGUAUGAACAGGAGAUGAAGGGUAAAGCUAGCGCAGAGGCUGCGGUAGCUGAAGCAGCUCAUGCCAGAGAAAACGCAGAGCUCUUCAGUCAGAUUGCAUAUAUUGAAGAGUAUGAGCAGCAGCGAGGCAAAGGAAGUUUCCCUGCAAUGAUCACUCCUAGUUAUCAUCUGGCUAAGAAGGCACAGGAACAUGCAAGCAAUGUGGAGUAUAAAAGGGAUCUGGAGAACAGCAAAGGUCACAGCAUUAAUUUCUGUGAGACACCACAGUUUCAAAAUGCUGCUAAAGUUGCCAAGUUCACGAGUGAUAACAAGUACAAAGAGAAGUACAUUGCUGAUAUGAAGGGCCACUAUGAAGACUCGGGAAUUGAUAAAAAGAUGAUGCAUGCCAUGAAAGCGAGGAAGCUGGCAAGUGAUAUUGCUUAUAAACAAGGCUGUGAACAGGAGCAGGGUGAAUACAACUACCCAGCCACCAUCACACCAGGCUACCAAAGUCAAAGGAAACUGGACCCACUAAAAGAUAAGAUCUACAGGCAACAUAUUGACCAGGUCAAGUACAGUCAUGUGACAGAAACUCCUGAGAUUGUUUUAGCAAGGAAAAACGCUCAGCUUGUCAGCAAUCUAAAUUACAAAGCAGGCUAUGAGAAGACAAAGCAUCAGUACACACUAUCCCAGGACCUGCCCCAAAUCAAAAUGGCCAAAGCCAAUGCUGCUCUGUGCAGUGAUAUUAAAUAUAAAGAGGAAUGGGAGAAGACCAAGUCUAAAGCCUGGGACAUCAGCUUGGACAACCUGAGUGUCAAAGCAGCUAAGGCUUCCCGAGACCUUGCCAGUGAUAUUAAAUACAAGGAGAGUUAUUUGAAGAACAAGGAGAAGGCAAUGGGGGUCAACGUGAGCGACUCCAAGACCCUGCACUCUCUUCAAGUGGCCAAGAUGAGCAGUGAUAUUGAGUACAAAAAGGGCUCCAGGGAGAGCCGGGGCCAGUACAGCUUGCCUCUGGACAUGAUUAACCUGAGCCAUGCCAAAAAGGCCCAGGCGCUGGCCAGUGAUCUGGAAUAUCGCACACGGCUCCACAACUACACUGUCAUGGCUGAUGACAUCAAGGUUCAGUCCUCAUUAAAAACACUUUUGGCUGCACCACAGCACCAGUAUCGCUCAGACCUGAACUGGAUGAGAGGAGUGGGCUGGGAGGCUGAAGGAUGCCUGAACAUAACCCAGGCCAAGAAAGCUGGAGACCUGCUCAGUGAUACAAAGUACCGUCAGAAGGCAGACAGCAUCAAGUUCACCCAGGUGGCGGACGAUCUCUCCACCAAACACGCCAAAAAGAGCCAGGAACUGCAGAGUGAUCUGGCUUACAAAGCAAGUAGAGAUCAGAUAUUACACCAGUACACCAUGUCAAAGGAUGAACCUCUUUUCAGACAGGCCAAGGCUAAUGCUGACCUUCUCAGUGCGAAAGUUUACAAGAGGUCCUGGGAGAAACAGAGGGAAAAGGGCUUCGAGCUGCGACUGGACUCUCUCUCUAUACUCAGCGCCAAAGCUAAGACAGACCUGGCCAGUGACGUCAAAUACAAGGAGAGCUAUGAGAAAAACAAAGGCAAGGUGAUUGGUAUUAAGUCAGUCAGUGACGACUCACAGAUGGCUCACUCUGCACUUGCCACCAAACUACAGAGUGACCUGUACUACAAGAAGAACUAUGAGGACACAAAGACCAAAUACAGUGUAUCUCUGGAUAUGCUGAACAUCAGCCAUGCCAAGAAAGCUCAAGACCUGGCAACAGACAUAAACUACAGAACUUAUCUCCAUGAGUAUACCACACUGCCAACUGACAUGAAGGUCGCCUGGGCUAAGAAGGCCUAUGGACUACAGAGUGAUGUCAGGUAUAGGUCAGAUCUGAACUGGAUGAAGGGGGUCAGCUGGGAGGCCUCAAAAUCUCUGGAUGUCCAACAGGCGAAGAAAGCCGGAGAGCUUGUCAGCGAGAAAAAGUACCGUCAGGAUGUGAGCGCUUUGAAGUUUACCAGUGUUGAAGACAGUCCAGAGAUGGUCCAAGCCAAACUCAGCAACAAACUUGCCAUUGAUAGGCUGUACAGAGAGAAGGGUGAAAACAUGAAGCACAGCUACACACUCAGUGAAGAGCUGCCUGAGUUGGUGCAGGCCAAGCUCAAUGCCAUGAACAUCAGCGAGAACCGUUACAAGGAGUCUUGGUCUAAGAUACGCGAUGGUGGUUACAAACUGAGUCUGGAUGCCAUUCCUUUCCAGUCCGCCAAAGCUUCUACAGAGAUCCUCAGUGAUCAAAAGUACAAAGAAAAAUUUGAGAAGACUAAAGGGAAGAUGAUUGGACUGAGGGGACUGCAGGACGACUUGAACAUUGCUCACUCCGUUCAUGCCAGCAGGCUCCAGAGUGAUAUUAAGUACAAGCAAGAUUCAGUGAGGGAGCAUUCAAAGUUCCACCUUCCCAUGGACAUGAUAGAGGUUGCCCACGCUAAAAAGGCCCAGUCGCUGGUUAGCGAUCAGGACUACAGGCUCAUCCUGCACCAGUACACCUCACUGCCAGAUGACAUGAAGCUGCAGGCAGCCAAGAGGGCGUACGCCCUGCAGAGCGAGAAAGUAUAUCGCUCUGACCUGAACUACCUCCGAGGUGCAGCCUGGAUUGCCACUGGGGCUCUGCAGAUUGAAGGCUCCAAGAGGGCCACAGACCUCAUCAGUGAUAAAAAGUACCGUCAGCAGCCGUACAACUUCAAGCACACCUCUGUCACUGACUCUCCAGAUAUCAUCCAUGCCAAAUUCAGCGGACAGAUCGCCAAUGAACGUUUGUACAAAGAGAAAGGGGUGAACGACCAACACAGCUACACCAUAACAACUGACAGACCCGAGAUUACACAAGCCAAGAUUAAUGCAGCCAACUUUAGUGAGAUCAAGUACAGAGAGUCCUGGCACACCCUAACAGCUCAGGGCUACAAGCUCACCAUGCAGGACAUCCCCUUCCAGGCUGCCAAGAGCUCCACAGGCAUCGCCAGUGAUUACAAGUAUAAGCACAACCACCUUCUGGAGAAAGGAAAGCACAUUGGCGUGGGAAGCGUUUUGGACGACCCGUAUCUCCUGCACUGUGCGCAGGCAGGUCGGCUGGCCAGCGACCAGGUGUAUCGCAAGGACAUGCUGGCUACCAGCGGGCAGUAUCACCUGACAUCAGACAUGAUUCAUCUGGUGACAGCUAAGAAUGCCCAGGCCCUGGCCAGCGAGCAGGACUACAGGAAAAGACUGCAUGAGUACACAGUGCUGCCUGAUGACAUGAAGGUCAAGUGGGCCAGAAAAGCUUAUGACCUGCAGAGUGAGAAACUGUACAAGUCAGACCUCAACUUCAUGAAAGGAGUGGCCUGGGACGGAGUAGGUGCACCUCAGCUGGAGUCAGCCAAGAAGGCUGGAGAGCUUAUAAGUGAUAAGAAGUAUCGUCAGCUGCCUGACCGUCUGAAGUUCACCUCAGUGGCCGACUCUCCUGAUAUUGUCCACGCUAAGACGAGCUAUCAACAUUGCAGUGAGAGGCUGUACAAAUCUGGAAAGAAUGAUGACAUGCAUAAGUACACCUUACACCCAGACGAUCCCGACUUUGUCAGAGCCAAGAUUAAUGCCCAGCACAUCAGUGAUAAAGUUUACAAGGCGUCUGGGGAGCAUGUGAAGACAUUGGGCUAUGACCUAAAGCUGGAUGCUAUUCCCUUCCAAACUGCCAGGGCCUCCAGAGAAAUUGCUAGUGAUCUUCGCUACAAGCAGUCCCAUCUGAAGGAGAAGGGCCAGCAGGUAGGGCUGCGCUGCGUGGAGGAUGACCCUAAGAUGGUGCACUCUCUGGCAGCCAGCAAACUGCAGAGCAACCUGGAGUAUAAACGGCAGUCCAAGGAGGAGCGUGGCCAGUAUAGAAUGCAUGCUGACCAGCCCGAGUUCCUGCAAGCCAAAAAGAGUCAGGCUCAGGCUAGUGAUGUCACCUACCGCCGCAAGCUCCACGACUACACCUGUGACCCUGAACAGCUCAAUCUAAAGCAUGCAAAGCAGGCCUACAAGCUGCAGAGUGAUGUGAAUUACAAGUCAGAUCUGAACUCGAUGCGAGGAGUGGGCUGGACCCCUCCUGGCUCCCAUAAGGUUGAGCUCGCACGCCGGGCUGCUGAGCUAGGGCUGGCUGAGGGAGUCAGCACAGAAGAAGCUAUCGCAAAGUACCAGAACAUGAUGAUGCUGCAUUACCAGCAGCAGAUGAUGGAGCAGCAGCAGCAGCAGCAGCAGCAGCAGAGUUCGGAGCAGGUGGAAACCAGUGACGAGGUUCACCGAGGAGUCAACUUGGACGCCAAGGAAGUUAUGCAUGUCAAGAGGAAGAAGACCAUCCAUUCUGUCCAGCAAAAGUCCGCCACCACAACUUCAUUCAGAUCCAUGGAGAAGAAGUCCAGCACCACCUCAUCAUCACCUGCCCCCCAGAACACAGUCAGGACAUCCAUGUCUGGUAAAGCUGCUGCGAUAAAAGAAGCGUAGAUCAUUAACUUUCAGAAGGUGAGGUGAAUUUUUACUGAAUGGUUUAUUUUCAGGGGGUGUUUUAACUGUUGUGAUUCUGUAGUUGCAUGGGAUUCACACCAAUGUCAUACAGAACUAUUGUAGGUGCAAAAUGAAUGGUAAAAUAUAGUUUAAAUUAUUUAGAAAGGGAUUAAGCAUGUUGAACUGGGACAGGACUCGUUGUGUUUGUUAAAAGGAUUGUCUAUGUAUGUAGCUAACAGAAGGGAAUUCAGACAAAAAGCACUGACACUGUGUCAAAACCUCUGAUGUGAAGAACUGUGUUCAACAUCAGGCAAAAACAACUGAAUUCAGAUUGUUUCAGGAAAAAAAGUCAAAUGCCACAUGGAAAGGCAGCAUUUUGUUUUUGUACACUGAGAUGGUGUAUCUGGAACCAGAGACUGCUAGCACUGCAGAUUUUAAAAAAAAUCUUUAGUCAAGGACAUACUGUGUGAUUCAUGUUAAACCGAACAAGGCGCAGACACGUCUGAUAAUCUGAUGCACUUUGAGCUAGGCUCAGUGAGGAAGAGGUAUAGCUUUACUGAAAGGUGUGAUCUACAUUUUGUCUGGCAGGGUCAGCAA